AUGGUGUCAUCGGCUAGAAACGGCACCAAACUUGCUGAUAACAUCAGAGUCCGAGUUCUCAUGACUACUGCCACCAUGCUUGACUCCAAUGGUCUUGCCCCUGUCGACGUGAACGACAAUGCCAGCAUCUCCGACCACCUCGUCCUGUUUGGGAACGGGGACAGCGUGUGCCGUGAUCGUCAAAGGAACGGGAUCGACAAGAGCGUAACGCAAUUUUACAUCGAGGUGGAGUGGCCGUUAGAGAACUGCUUGAGCCUGAGUUCUAGCGACAUUCCUAGAGCUUAUUGGGUCAUCGCAGACCUUGAGCAAUUUUCGAUUCGGGUGUGA